GUUAGCUGUUGUUUUGUUCUGCUUUGCUUUUGGCUUUUCAAGAUUUUACAUGGUUUUGUUUAGUUGGUCUGUCAACUCUCAGCAGGGUUAUGGGCAUUUUGCUUUUGUGGGCCUAGAAAAAGAGACAGAGCUGCGUUUUCUAUGCUGGGCUUUGUGGGUUUCUCUUAGAUUUUCCAUUUUUUUCUUUUUAUUUGUUCUUUUCUAGCCUCUGGGUUUUACUCCUUCCUAUCUAAUCCUCCAUGAAAGGUGGUAGGUUGAUGGGGGUUGACUUCUUUUCUAAGGAGAGCGAUAAUUAGAAUUCUUCGCAACCAAGUCUUUGGGCGUUUUUGUUGGUUUCCUCUAAACUCUAUAAUUCUAAUCCCCGUUUAGUGCUAUGAGUGUUGCGACUGAUCUUGCCUCCUGUGAUCCAAGGAGCAAGGUGAUCAAUGCUAAAGGCCGGUGUCUAAGCCAUUGUGGACUGAGACGAAGAUUAUAAUCCACUAUGGUUAGCUUAAGAAGGCGUAAACUCUUGGGACUAUGUGCUGGAAGAAGUUCUUUCUUGACUCCACUUCCUCGAUUUUUUGACAAUGGAAUUUCUCCUUUAAGCUCUACCCAGAAUGCAAGGUCUGUAAGUGUACAUCCUCUGCCAGCAGAUGAUGUCAAGCAACCUGGGGAGAAAACCGUUUCCAAAGUGGGAGCUGGUUCGUCAAAUGUGUCGGCUUCUAGCUCAUCAAAAGAGCAGCAAUCUCAACCUUAUCCAGGAAUCCCAGUGCAUCAUAAACUCUCUCUGCUAUCAUCAGUGUGUGCUAAAGGGCAACCAGUUAAACGCAGAAAGCGACACAGGAGAAAGCAUGUUCAAAACCAGGAACCAUGCCUAAUGAGAGGUGUCUAUUUCAAAAAUAUGAAAUGGCAGGCAGCAAUUAAAGUUGACAAGAAGCAAAUCCACUUGGGGACUGUUGGUUCACAAGAAGAGGCUGCCCAUUUGUAUGACAGGGCUGCCUUCAUGUGUGGGAGGGAACCCAACUUUGAGCUUUCUGAGGAGGAGAAGCAAGAACUUAGAAAAUUCAAAUGGGAUGAAUUUUUGGCAAUUACUCGCAGUGCAAUUAAUAGUAAAAAACACAAGAGACGGAAUGGAUCUGGGUUGCAGAAGAGAUCUGAACCUGCCUUGCAGAAUGGCGACUGGGAUGACAAGCAAGGAGUGAACAGCUUUUCAGCCUCAGAAGAUACAGAGCCAGACUCAUCCACCUGAGUAUUUUCGGUUUCAGAAUAAGGCUGAAUAAUCCAGUUCUAACUGUGGAGCUUUAGCUUGUCCUCCAUUUUUGGUGUGCAAAGCCCCCUAUUAAGGCGGAUGAUGGUAGACCUCAUCCUUUAGUAAGCAGAUCUUUGCAGUUCUUAACUCAAUAAAGAGACAGAAAGCGCAAUAUUAAAUGUGCUGUCACUGUCUGUUAUCACCAUCAUCUGCAGACCUGUUAAAUACAUAGCUAUACCUAGUUACUUGCCCUUUUUUUUUCUUGGCCCCCAUUAUGGAAGUUGGAAACAGCAGAAUGCUCGAGAAACUUGGUAUCAAGAAGCAAAAUUUCUUUGCUCAAUAGUUCAAAUGAGUUUAUCAUAA